AUGUCAGAACAUAGCUUAAGUUCAGGAGCUAUCCUAAUUGUGUUACUGAUCAUGUUCUAUAUGUUUAUAGGAUCAGUUAUAGAGAGGUAUAAAAUCAUUAUAGGCCAUGAAGCUGCAUUAGCCAUUCUAUUAGGAAUGCUUGUAUCAUUUUUAGCAUUCAAAUUAGGACAUGUAGAGCUCACUGAAUUUCUAACUUUUAAUGAAAACUUCUUUUUCUACUUUUGCUUACCACCCUUAGUCUUUGCCUCAGGAUAUAACAUGCAAAGGAAAAAUUUCUUUGAUAAUUUUAACAAUAUAUUGAUAUUUGGACUUGUCAAUACUGUUAUUCAAUUUACUUUAUUUUCAGUUUUCACUUGGUUGAUGUUCAAAUAUUAAACUUUUUAUAAAUAUCAUGGCGAAACAGGGACCUAUGAACAAUUCGAACUGAGCAUAUUUGAGAUAUUACUUAUGUGUUCGCUUCUCUGCUCAAGCGAUGUUGUCGCAGCAGUAUCAUUGAUUAAUUCAGAAAAGUAGCCAAAAUUAUUUAGUUUAGUUUUCGGAGAGGGAGUAACUAACGAUGCAAUCAGUAUAAUUCUAUUCAACGCAGUUGUUUAAUUUACUGCACCAGGGAAUUCUUUCACUGCUACUACUCCUUUAAAGAUCUUUUAUAGUUUCUUGAUUCUCGGUUUCUUUUCGCUCUUUAUUGGAAUAUUUGUGGCAUUGCUUGGUGCUUUUGUGACAAAGCAUUGCCGAUUCUUAACAGUAAAACCGGUAAUAGAAUGCAAUUUCAUAUUUUGUUUUGGAUACUUGGCUUACACUAUAUCUGAAAGAUGCGAAAUGUCUGGUAUCAUUUCACUACUUGCUUGUGGCAUUUUGCUAGCUAAAUAUUGCUGGUACAAUCUCUCUCCUCAGUCAAAAUAAACUACAUCUCUAGCUUUUAGCAUGAUAGGUUAUGCUGCUGAGGCUUUUGUUUUUGGUUACCUUGGGCUCACAUUUUUCUCUUAUGUUACAUACGAAUGGUCAUGGCAACUAUUUAUUGGAGAAGUAAUAGUUGUCUUAAUUGGAAGAUUUUCUGGAACAAUAGGUCUGAUCAAAUUCUUGGAAUUAUUCGGGUACAAGUCAGGAAUCGGAAUAAGAGAACUCACUUUUAUAUCUUAUGCUGGAAUGAUAAGAGGUGCUGUAGCUUUCGGUCUUGUGCUCAGAAUAGACAAAGAUGUUCCAAACAGAUCAGUAAUAGUUACUACAUCUCUUGGAUUGGUAGUAUUUACUACUGUUUUUAUGGGCUCUACAGUAGCACUUAUUCAGAGAUGCCUUUUUGGAAAAGAAAUUGCUAGUGAACCCCAUUAGGAGGAGCACAAUAAUGAUGGCAAGAGUGGUCAUGAAAACAGUCAUCAUGAGAUUGUUGAACAUCCUAAUUUGUAAGAGAGCAAAGUACCAUAUGAAACUUAGAAUUAAAAAUCCGGGCAACUGAGUUUUACAGAUAAAAUUAGGAGAUUUGACUAAGAAAAAAUGAAGCCAUUUCUCAUAUACAAGUACGCUCAUCUUGAGCAUAAGAGAUAAAAAGAAUAUAAUUAAAUGCUGAUGAACUAAGGAGAAGAGCUAGAGAGACAUUAUGUGAAGCAUGGAUCUCUAAGAGGGAGUAUUGGAGUCAAAUCUCAAACAUCUUAAAGACCUAAACUAUCCUCUAAGAUGAGAUACUUUGGGUCAAGUGAUAAUUUAUAUCAGUUUGAUGGACUUCAAAAAUCAGGAACAAUUAAGCAGGCUUAUUCAAAAAGAGCCAGCAUCAUUCAAGAAGAGCAGGAACUAAAGAAUUACAAUUUGGAUGAUGAAACUUCAAAAGGAGCUAAGUAUUCUCUUCUAAAAGGAAACGAAGCGAAAUGA